CCCGUUUGGAUCUCUUCGCUUGUAGUUAUGUUGGUUUUAGUUUUCCUAGCAAUUCUAGCAAAUCUCAGUAGAACAGGAUGUUUCAGAUAUGUUCCAUCGCGAACAUCAAAACGAAAUCGAAUGUGCUUGAUCAAUGCAGGACUUUCUCAAGGAUGUGACCUCUCCGAUAUUCUAGAUCUGCUGAUGUUAUUGCUCGUAAUACGUCUCUGUACCCGGUUCGUUUCAUUCCAUUCACCCUAA